UCCAUGGUUCAUGAGCAAAGCAUUGUUAGAUCAAGCUCAGUCCCGUGUUUGGUCCAUGAUUUGCCCCAACCUGAGCCCGAUGAGGACAAAUACGUAAAUUGGCCAUGCAUUCAAGUAGGCUCGAAUGCUCUCCGUGGCGUUCCCUCCUGCAGCCGAGAAACCCUAGAAGGUUUUUUUGUGCUCUCUACCUCCCUCCGCAGGCUAACGUACGCCGCUGCCAUUUCUGCUGCCAGGUUGUAUUUUCAAGGAUGGUGAGAGUGAGUGUUUUAAAUGAUGCUCUUAAGAGCAUGUAUAAUGCGGAGAAAAGGGGGAAACGCCAGGUCUUGAUCAGGCCAUCCUCAAAAGUGAUCAUCAAGUUUCUCCUGGUCAUGCAGAAGCAUGGUUAUAUUGGAGAGUUCGAAUAUGUUGAUGAUCAUAGAUCUGGAAAACUUGUGGUUGAACUGAACGGAAGGCUGAACAAGUGUGGGGUUAUCAGUCCUCGAUUUGAUGUUGGAGUCAAAGAUAUUGAAUCUUGGACUGCAAGGCUUCUCCCUUCAAGACAGUUUGGGUACAUUGUGCUGACAACAUCCGCUGGAAUCAUGGACCAUGAAGAAGCCAGGAGGAAGAAUGUUGGCGGUAAAGUCCUUGGUUUCUUUUACUAGGAAGAACAUGGUGGAUUGUUUUGGGAAUAUUUUAUUUGCUUCUUCCAACCACACCCCCCCCCCUCUCAAUUUUUCUAUCUGUCGGGAUUUAUGCUUUUGAAUUAUCUUGGUUUUGAUUUAUUGGUUGUGUUCUUUGCACAAGUUUGAGAUUGUCAAGAUGCUGGAUAUUCAAAAUUUCUCGGAGUUCUUAGUAGUUAGUGAAGUUUUAAUCUUCUAUCA